GGGGUGAAAAAAAGUCGUUUUUUUGCGUAACGUAAUAAGUGAACGGCCCCUUAGAGGGUUUUUUUUGUUGAAAAUUUGAUUAAUUCGGAAAUGCUUAAGGCACUUUCAAAAUUCGCAAUUGAAUUGUUUAAGAACAGCAUCAACAUUCAUUCAGAACAUGGAUACCACAGCAAAUCCUUGUGAAGACUUCUUUCAGUACAUGUGUGGGAAUUUUGAACAAGAACACCCAUUGCCAGAUUCAUCUACAUCACAUGAUUGGUUUACAGAAAAACAGCAAACAGUGCUUCGAGAUCUGAGGAAAAAGUUACAACAAAAACAGAAAGAAGAGGAACCAUAUCCUGUAUCGCAAGCAAAAAUGUUUUAUAAAUCAUGUGUUGAUACAAUCUCAAUAGAUAAACUCGAGUUUCAGGCGUUGUUUCGGUACUUGAAACUUUUUAAUAUCCCAAAACUACCAACACUUUUGUCAGACCCAGAUGUAGACAACAUUAACUUUGAUUGGAUCAAGAGCAUCGUUAAAAUAAAGAGAUCUCUUGGUGCUGAUAAGUUAAUUGGAUUUGAAGUUUUUAAUGAUCCAAGAAAUCGAAGCGUAAACUACUUAGCUAUUGGAUCUCCAUCACAAGAGAGUGACCUGCCGCUUGUCGAUGAUGCGCUGUCGAAAAAGAUAAAACGAAUGAAGAGAAAAUUUCAUAUAAAUGCUCGUGUUACGGAUGAAACUGAUGACGAUAUAUCGAUAGAUGAUGAGGAAGAUAUAGCUUUAAUGGCAUACAAUAUUUAUAUGAAGGAAGUCAUCCAUGAAUUGAUACGGAAAGCAGCACCAACAUAUGAUAUAGAUGGAAAUGCAAAUCGAAUAUCUAAACUCAUUCAAGUUACAGUCAAUAUAUCUAAAAAUAUCUACACAUUUAUAGAUAUGGCUGAGAAUGCCUCAAAAACUGAAGAUCGUGAUGGAAAUUUAUCAGAUUUAGUUUACAUUAAAGUAAAAGACUUACAGAAGCAAGUACAUGAAGACAUUAGUGAGGAACAAAGUUCUCCAAUUCUUGAAAGAUAUAUGUCCUUAAUGUUAACCGGUUUACCUGAAGCACAUUUCGAUAUGGAAGAAGAUAUAGUAUUAACAAGCAAUGCCGACAUCCUCUAUCUUAAAAAUGCAAUAAAAUUGAUUUACGAAACAAAAGCAAUUCAUCUUGAAGCAUUUUUAUGGUGGUCGAUUGUAGAAGAACUAAUUCUUUACACGACGAGCUCGAUGAGGCAACUUUAUCAUGAUUACACAAAGACUGUUACCGGUGUAGAAGGUAUACCAUCGCGUUCAUCAUACUGUACAACAUCAAUAAAUAAAUUAAUGGGUUAUGCUGUUAGUUAUUUGAUAGUUGAGAAAAACUUUAUGAUUGAAACAAGACCAAAAGUGGAAAAUAUGUUGUCUAAUAUACAAAGUUCCUUUAAUAACAUAAUUCAUCACAGUUGGAUGGAUUGGGAAACGAAGGAGAAGUCUCUGAGGAAAUCGAAAAAAAUGAGAAGUUUAAUUGGAUUUCCCGAGUGGAUAUUGAAUAAAACUGAACUUGAAAGACAUUAUAAGGGGAUAAAAAUUAAAAGUGACACAUGGAUGGAGAAUAUAAUUGAGUUGUUAUCGUGGCAAUUUAUGGAUAAGCUAUCAAGAUUCCGCAUGAAAAAUGAACUGGAAUGGGCAUCGUCACCAUCAAAUGUUAACGCCUUUCAUACGUUUCAAUCUAAUGCAAUAACUAUACCGUUUGCUAUCCUACAAUUUCCAUUCUAUCAGCUAGGAUUAGAAGCACUGAAUUAUGGGAGUAUUGGGACUGUUUUAGCGCAUGAACUGACUCAUGGUUUUGACGAUAUUGGGAGGCAUUUCGAUGAGGAUGGGAAUAAAAACUUCUGGUGGACCAAUACUACAAUACAGAAGUUUCUGAAUAGAACUGAAUGUUUUAAAAAGCAAUAUAGUGAAUACUACUUACCUGAAAUCGGGGAUUAUAUAAAUGGCGAGAAUACACUGGGCGAAAACAUCGCUGAUAAUGGUGGAUUACGUGAAGCUUUUUAUGGUUACAACUAUCAUGUUAAAACGAAUGGAAUGGAGAAAAAAUUGCCAGGAUUUGAGAGCUUUAGUCACGAGCAGCUGUUCUUUAUGAGCUAUGGAAAUUUAUGGUGCGAGACAAUGUCGCUUCAGGGAUUAAAAUUUUCAUUAGAAGAUACACACUGUCCAGGACGGAUUCGAUUGUUGGGCGUUUUAUCGAAUGCUAGAGAGUUUCAUAAUGCAUUUAAUUGCCAUAUUGGACAAAAGUAUCAUCGAACGGACGAUAAAAAGUGUAUUCUUUGGUAAUCAAAACUUGUGUGAUAUGAUGACAUAAAUUAAAUUGUGCUGUGUAUUUAUGAUCAAUUAAACAUUAAUUGUGAUUUUUCUUUUCGACAUUUUGAAGUGUGAACUUAAUAUUUUUGCAUAAUAAAUAAGUUUAAUUAAAUUUUUAUGACCGCAUUAUUUAUUGUUCAAUUUGAAAAAAAUACAUGGAAAAUUAAUCAGAUUUUGGACUUUUACUGCUUACACUCCGUUUCUUCUGUCGUUUCCUAUCGUGCUUUGGAUUUUCUUCUUUUGUUGAUGUCGAUGGUAAUUUCUUUGUUAUUGGUUGUUGUGCGAUAGACACUGAAAGUUCAUCUUUUGCUUCCUUUCGACCGUGAUAUAAUCCUGUGUAAUACCCACUCAUGUACCACGACAUAAGCAUCGCAGACAUAUAUUCUGUAUCUCUUGAACUAUUAAACAUGCCUGGUGGAAGUGGUGGCUGAAAAAGACAUAAAAUUUAUUGUAAAAUCUAUCGACCAUGAAUUUAGAACGUUGCUGAUUAGCAGGUCGAAUAUUGUUG